CGUCGCCGCCGCUUCUCCACCUCCCCGCCCGCCUCCUGCGUCCCGCGGCCAUGGCGGAGCUGGAGCUGGGGCAGCACUGCGGGGUGCCCGACUGCCGCCAGCUCGAUUUUCUCCCCUUUAUAUGUGAUGGCUGUUCAGGUGUCUUUUGCCUUCAGCACAGGAGCCGAGAUGCUCAUGGAUGUUCUGAGGUGAAUAUAAGAAACAAUUCUGUGAAACCUGAUCAGCACAGGUCUUAUCCCUGCUCAUACAAGGACUGCAAUGGAAAGGAGCUUUUGCCAGUUUUAUGCCCCUACUGUGGAAAACAUUUUUGUCUAAGACAUCGCCAUCAAUCAGACCACGAAUGUGAGAAGCUGGACACGCCAAAACCUCGAAUGGCUGCUACCCAGCAGCUAGUUAAACAUAUUAUAGAUUCUAAAAAAAGUGAGGAAGCAAAAAGCAAAAAACGCAAAGGAGCGAAAAACAGUGAGACUGCAGCAAAAGUGGCAUUAAUGAAACUGAAAAUGCAUGCAUGUGGAGACAAGUCUUUGCCGCAGGCAGAAAGAAUUUACUUUCAAGUAUUUUUACCAAAGGGGAACAAAGAGAAAAGCAAACCUAUGUUCUUUUGCAGUAAGUGGAGUGUUGGCAAAGUAGUAGAUUUUGCAGCUUCCUUAGCAAGCCUUAAAAAUGACAACAACAAAUCAACAUCCCAGAAAUUGAGAUUAUGCCAUACUGUCUCUGGAGAAGCCUUGCCAUUUGAACAUACACUGGAAACAUGGCUAUCUGAUAAAGACUAUCCACUGUACAAUGGAGGAAAUAUAAUUCUGGAAUAUCUUGAUAAUGAUGUUCUAUUUAUAGAAGAUACAGAGUCAUACUUUAGUUAGUAAAUUAUCACCAAAAAAAUAAGAUUUUUCAGAAGCAUGGUAUUUGAGCAAGUCCAUUUUUCUUUUAAAAUCACUGAUAUGCCAGAAUCUCUCCUCAGUUUUAAAGACACAGUUCCCAUCAAUUUCUAAGUUGCUUGACUGACAGAGGAACAAAGUCCUGAAAGGAAAACUAGUUAUUAUAAUAACUAAUAUUACAGAUAUUUACAUUCUAGAAUAACUUCUUCCUCUAUUGAGCUGUAAAAUAUCAAGAAUGUUUUCUUAAUUUUUAUAUUUAUUUUUUAUAAAUGGUGGGGACAGUAUGUAUUAAUAAAUAAUGGAAAUGUAAA